CUAUCAGAACGGCUACAAUAGACAGGAAAGCAAAGUAAUAUGCAGAGCUGAACUUUCACAGCACCGUUUGGCUUAAGUCCAGCCUCCCUGGGCAAGGCACACUGGUAUUGGUAACUCAGGAUUGAUAAUGAGCUGAGCAGAACGCCUGAGAAGGCUUCCCCUUCACACUAGACUUGUGCUGCUGGCUCCCAUUACAGGCACACAAAAGGCUCCGCAGCUUGUUUACCUCUGCCUGGGGUUAAACUAUUCCUAAAUGAAACCAGUGUUCUCAUACAAACCGCUCAUAGGAUAAGAAGCCAGUUCAAGGGCAGCAGUGACGGGGAAAAUGUGGUAUGAAUUUCGUCAGAACUAGGACAAAUAGCUGAACAGGAAGUCAUUGUUGCAGAUGAAAGGGUUCUGCGCUGUGUCUUGCCCUUUGUGAGAACAUAUCCGCCAACCAUUCUAUGAGAACCCAGCAUUGGAUCCAGAAUAACAAAAAUGUUACCAUCAGGACAGAGUUGGAAAUAUAAAUAGAAAAGCCCGACUAUAGAAUAUGGAUAUUGGGAUGAUCUGAGAAUUUUUUUUUUUUUUUUUUACAAGAAACAUCACCUUGUAUUACUUUACAGCAUAUAUCAUCAGUGAUAGUCCACACAGACUUCUUUUUUGUAGCAAAUGUGACUUCUUGUGGGCACCUAACCUAGGCCUUAGCUUACACCUGCUUGUGCUUCCCUUUGCUAUUGCCUUUUUUCAAGUAUCUUCUGAAAGCACAUUUAUACCAUGGAGUUCACAAACAUAACAACACCAAACUAUAGACCAGAAGCUGACCCAGCUAAUGGCAUUAUUAAAGUUUUUCGGGAUAUGGUACACUCCUAUCUUAAUAUUGUACAAAGAAAUGCUUUCCCACCAGAUUUUCUUCAAAACCUGCAAGACCUGCAAGACACAUCUCAAAAUUCCAGUGAGACAGUUAAAAAGGCCCUGACCUAUGAAAUUGGAUUCCUGGUAGCUCUGGCUUUUGGAGUCCUGUUUUUUGUACUUAUGCCUUUGACAGGAUUUUGUUUUUGCUGCUGCCGAUGCUGUGGGAACUGUGGGGGGAAGAUGCAUCAGAAACAGACAAAGAAGAUGGCCUGCAAGCGCAGAUUUAUUUACAUUUUCCUACUUUGUAUAACACUUAUUAUGCUGGCUGGAAAUAUUUGCAUGUUUUAUAGCAACAGUAAAGUGAGCAGUGGUGUAAAGGAUGGCAUCAGUUCAUAUAAUAAUACUAUGGAAAACUUAAAAACCUACGUCAAUUCAGUGCCAAAGGAAGUUGACUUAAUAAUUGGCCAAAGUGAUUCAGUGAUACAGUAUGCAAAUAACAGCAUUAUAGCUAUUGACUCUGUGCUUGGUGGGGCAAUUAAAUCUGAAAUUGAGGCGAAGGCAAAUGAAACACUUGAUUUAGUUGUGCAGACCAUAAAUGUCGUGAAUAACACUGCAAAUCUCCUGGUGGCUAUUAAUGAUUCAUUUAACUCCUUGCGAGCUGAACAGGAGAUCAUACAGGGAAAUCUGAGUGAUGUGCAGACUAGAAUCAACAACACCUUAAAUAAAUGUGGCACCAAAUGCGACUCUGCUAAGAACUCGGUUGACGGCCUUACCUUUGAUGUCAGCUACCAGAUUCCAGAUUUAAGUGAUCCUUUGAAUCGCAUGAAUGAUUUUUUGGGCUCUGGAAUUGACUCAACAUUGCAGAAGGUCCGGAAAGCAAUAGAUGAUAUCCCUGAAACUGUGAAAAAUGAUACUAGAGAUGCUGUUCAACGUGUACAAGAUCAACUGGGAAAGAUUAAGAGCACAAUAAAUGACACAAAGAAUGCAAUUCCGAUUACCAGUACAGUAAAUAGCGCCCUAAAUGGCUUGAAUUCUAUAUCUACCAGUGUUUCCAACGUCAUUCCUCAGAUUCAGAAUUAUGACUACUACAGGUGGAUUGUUGGAAUCAUUCUUAGCUGUAUCAUCCUACUUAUAAUUUUGUGCAUUUUGUUUGGACUGAUUCUUGGCCCACUUGGCCUCAAAGGAACCGAAGAUCCAACCAAGCGCAAUUGUGCAUCCAACUCUGGAGGGGAUUUCUUUAUGGCGAGUGUGGGAUUCAGUUUUAUUUUCUCAUGGCUACUUAUCCUUAUAGUGGCAGUCUUGUUUGUAGUUGGUGGAAAUAGCUACACCCUUGUCUGUAAACCUUGGGCCAAUCAGCAGCUGUUUACGUAUCUUGAUUCCCAAACUAUUCCACAACUUAACAUCUCCCACUAUAUAGACACAAAUGUGAAUAUAUCUACACUUUACAGUGACUGUCAGAGAGAUGAUUCUUUGUGGUCCACUUUAAACUUUAAUCAAAAGAUCGAUCUGCAGAAAUACCUGAACAUCACCCAGUAUACAGAUUCAGUACAGAACAUUAUUGACAACACAAAUAUCACCAUAAAAAACAUUAACUUCCUUACUACAGACCAGAAGGACCAGAUAAUGAGAGUGGUCAGCUCAGGAGUCGACACACUGAACUUUGCUAGUUUCAAAUCACAGUUGAUCAGAAACAUCACCAAAAUAGACCUGUUGUCAUUUGCAGACGAUCUAGAUAAACUGGCUAAUGACAGUUCUUUACCUGAAAAUGUAACUACAGAACUAAGGACAGAGGCUUCUGUGCUACGGAGGAUUGACAAUCAUAUUAAAAGCAACCUGAUACCAGCAGUUGAAACCUUGGAUACCACUGUCCAGACUCUGGAAGCAACAUCUGAAAACAUGCCUGCAACCCUGAAUAAGACGCUUGCAAACAUUGAGGAAGCUCAAGCAUACAUUGAUACACAAACCGUUGGAGUAAUAAAAAAUGCGACCACAGCAUAUGUGAACAAGUUAGUGGAUCUUUUUCAGUCAUAUGUUGACUGGGCAAUAUUUACGUUGAGAACAAAUUUUGCUCGAUGUGGACCUGUUGCCAAGGCUGUGAAUUCUGCACAAACCAUAGCUUGUGUUUAUAUUGUGGAUUCAGUGAAUGCCUUUUGGUUCAGUCUGGGCUGGUGCACAUUAUUCCUAAUACCCAGCAUCAUCUUGUCAGUUAAGCUCGCAAAACACUACAGAAGGAUGAAAAGUUCUGAUGUUUACGAGAAUGAAUAUGACCAAAUGGAGAUGACCACAUCUCGGCAAUUUCUGUUUCCCAGAGUCCAAGGAAAAGCCUGAAAUGUCUCUUUCAUUUCUCUCAUGUGACAGACACAGGAAUAACACACUUCUUCAUAGGGCUGCUGGCCUCAAUGUACUCAGGGAUUGCCAUUUACAUUUAUUUACCCCCCCUCUUAGUAGCAUAAUAACUGCUGAAUUCAUUCUCCUCUUUAUUUUACACAUUUCACUUGGGUGGAACAGCUGUCAAACAGAACGGCUAUCUAGGCCUAAAAUAAGGUUAGAUUAGUUGGGAGAAUGCAGAAACAUAGAAGGAAGUGUAGGUAUGGAAUCUAUAUUCUGGAGGCAUAAUAUUCAGGAAUACGAAUGGAGUGCUAUGGAACUAAUAGUAUUUAUUAUUUUUCGCAAUAAUAAUCCCUUGUUUUUCAUGGUAACUAAACAAGCAUAAAUGCCAUGUUGGCAGCAACCAAAUUAGUUUUCUUUUAUGUUUAAAUUGUUUUUAGUACCUUUUUUAAUAAAUGGUGCUCCAAAUUAUGGAAAGAUCCGUUACCCAGAAAACUUCCCAGGUCCCAGGCAUUCCAGCUAAUAAAUGUCUUAACUGUAAAUGCUAACUAAACAUUUAGCAUGCAACUCUAAGCAUUGUACUUUUCCCGUUAGCCACCCUUUGUGUCAGUGUGUAUGCUUCCACAUAGAGAAUACAGGGGGGUACUCCUUAUGCACUACAUAACAGGAAAUAUAUGUAUAACUUGUUUUUUAUAUUAAUAGAGAAUUAUUAUUAUUGUCUGAUAAAAAUUCAAGUAAAUGUGCUCUGUCUAAGCUGCUUGUGAUUGAGAAGUGCUGUGUUAUCAGCCCAUGGGAUAACUGACUGUGCCGGCAGCAUCUCCAAUAAAAGUGAAGGACAGUGAAGAUGGCCAUACACAGUGCAAUCUGCUCGUUUGGCAGAGUUGCCAAAUGAGCGGGUCAUCUCCUGAUAUGCCUAUAUCGGGCUCUAGGGCCAAACAAUCAAAUUAUAAUGGCAGGUAUAUGGGCUGUUGGACUGAUAACUGCAUCAACCAGUCGAUGUGUAGCCAUACACAGGCAGAUUUCAGCUGCCGAUACAGGUCCUUUAGACCAAUUUGGCAGCCUACCUGCCCAUGUAUGGGCACCAACAACGGGCCUGCUGACCGACAUCUGGCCUAAAAUCGGGCAGGUUUGAUUUUUCAGUCAAAUCGGGACUGCACCGGCUUGUUGAUGUGGUCCCCGAACUGAUGGUGCCUAUGCCCGGCGUUUUAAUUUGAUUGUUUGGCCCUAGGGCUAAAUGAUUGAAUUAGCCCAAUAUGACCCACACCUAGGUGGGCAUAAAGGGAGAAGAUUGGCUCGCUUGGCAACCCCGCCAAACAAGCGGAUCUUGCAGUAUAUGGCCACCUUAAGUUAGAUUGCGACAGACCGAUUUGACAAGGCUACUGUUGCAAGUAGCUUGGCAGCCAUGUUUGCAAAGUGUGUGCAUUUAUUCAAGUAAAAAGCUGCACCUCUUCUUCAUUAUUAUUCCAUUAAUUACAACUGUAACUCCCACCAUUACCUGAGCAAAAAGCUGCUAAUAGCUUACACUACCGGUGGCAUUUCCACAGGGGUGGGAGCCCCCAUGCAUCUCACUAAACUAUAAAUAUAUGUAGGAUUACUGUAAAAGCUCCUCACUUUGUGCCCUUUCACAUUUCUUUCUUUUAUUAUUUUAUUUUUUUAAAUGCUCACAAUUAAUAAUGCAGUGCCAAGAAAUAGUAUUGUCGCAUUGCAAAAGAUAUUCAGGAGCGUUUAUUUUAAGGAAAAAAAUCUGUUAAUAUUUAUCUUUUAUUUGUGAAUGUUUUUUUUUUUAAAUGUAAUAGCGUAUAUGAAACCUUCUGACCAUGUGUAAGUCUAUGACCUAGUGGAAUGCAACCAAUCUUCUGGGAAGCCCGGGGCAUUUCUCUGUGAGAGACUGAUUGUGCUAAAGAAAGCCUAAUUCUAUUAGGUUGGAUGGGCCCGUGAUGACUUUCAUGUGAUGCUAAUCCUUUAGGAAAAAAUCUCCUUCAUUUGAUUGUUCCAAUUUCUAAUUUGUGUCUCAGUGUAUCUUUCCUCCACCGUGGCAUAAACUGCACAUAUCCCAGAGAUUCAGGGACUGGCUUGUGUGCCCUUUACCCAAAACUAUAGGCCCCAUGCCAGCCAAAAUGCCAGCCUAUUCUGUGGGCAAUGCAAUGUUCUGUUUAGACUUGAGAAGACAGAAAUAGAUGCUGAUGUUGCAGAUCCUGUUGGGUUCCAGAGGUUCUGCAGCAGCUGCUGGCUGUAGAGAUGGGCCUUGUAUGAUCGGUUUAUGCCAUACAUAUCCCAGCUGACCCAGAGAUGGAAGCCUGUAACCACUAAACAUUAAGUACCAGUAUGUGGGGAACACACUCGUUUGUACUUCUCUAAGGAUUUCAUUUCUUAUUGUACAGAGAAUGAGGUUCUAUGUUUCUCUUAAUGAAGGAUGUAUUUUCUCUUGUCACUGUGUUGUGCUAAACUUCUUUAGGAAUGUGUUUCUGCAUAAUAGCUAUGGUUUCUUUUGUACAUUUUAGGAAAAUAUGAAAGAAUAACUAUUUUUUUUCUAUGUAGCACUGUGUCUGCUAAACCUUUAUUUUUUGGCCCCUCUAAUGGCGAGGGUGUGAAACGUUAUAGUGGGCCCUGUAAUAGCCUUCCCUUCAGUUACAUUGAGCUGGUGGUUUGAUUGCAUAUACAUGUUUUAAAUGACCCAGAUCUUAGCGAUGACUGAGCCCCCACAUAUAAUUUUCAUCCAUUGAGUUCAGUGAGGGUAAUGGAUUUGUCAGCUUAGUGUAUAGUGACCAGCAUAGCCGGAAUUCCUUGCAUAACUUGCUGCUUAUAAGUUCCAUCCAAAGCAUGUAUAUCCUAUCAGUCGCCCAGCAAGUCAGAUUUAGCUUAGUUCGGGCUAGAAUUAUAUGUGAUUUUCAAUGAAAACUGAUAUUAUACUGUAAAAAAAACUGCUCUCCCAUGCAGUCAGUGCCAAAGACAAUUUAUCUGCCUGAGAUGUAAAUUUGUAUGUGAAUUAAAAGAAAUCAUUGUCUGUUUAA